GAUCAUGCCAAACUUGCCCAACCAUUAUAUCUUAACUUGAUUUGGACUCCUUUUCAACUUUAUUCUCUCGGGUCGGGUACAAGACCAACUUUUAGUCUAUCUCUAUAUUUUUCUGUUAGGAGAAGGAAUAAUUCCUUUUAAAUUGAAAAGAAGCCCCAGUGAGUUUGGAGAAUAUAAAGCUUGCCGAAAUCUAAAAGGGAAAAUAGUAGGGUUCAUGGACCCUACAUUAUUUGGGAUAGUGUACACGCAUCAGACAAGCACCCAGCUUACAAAACAUGCGGGUCGAACUGUAAGCUGGUUCCCGACUCCCUUUGCGCAUCGUAUGUUGCGAUAUGCGAGACGGGGCCCAGCUUAAGUUGUGUACACGCCAAGGGCUCUAAAUCACACCAUCUACCGUAAAGUAAUGCAGAUGCCGUAUAAAUGUCGCUGUGUGGAUUUAUGUGAGCUCCGUACAGAGAUCCCGGAACCGAAAACCGAUCAUCCAAUGCAGUAAAAUUAAUACACUGCAGCGGAGUCUUUGUUGAUCAAGUCUCAAACCAUCGAAAUAUUAAUUUUAAUAAGAAUUAAUGUGGUCCAGAGUGUUCCGUCCUGUCUCUGUGACUCCUUGUAUUUUGAUGAGAAUGGCAAGCUCUACAGGCAGUGGGAAAUUGGCAGGCAAGGUUGCCGUGGUGACAGCUUCUACAGAGGGCAUUGGUUUUGCCAUAGCACGUAGACUGGGUCAAGAUGGAGCGAAGGUGAUGGUAAGUAGUCGGAAACAAGCCAAUGUGGACGCAGCGGUCAAGCAGCUCCAGUCUGAGAACCUCAGCGUAGCUGGUAUCACGUGUCACGUCGGGAAGGCUCAAGAUCGAGCAAAGCUGAUUCAGGAAACAGUGAAGACGUUUGGUGGUAUAGACAUAUUAGUCUCCAAUGCAGCUGUCAAUCCAGUAUUUGGGCCGAUCAUGGACACAUCCCCGGAAUCAUGGGACAAGAUAUUCGAUAUUAAUGUCAAGGCAACAUUCUUCCUGUGCAAAGAGACUUUACCGUACAUAAAAGAGAGAGGCAAGGGCUCAAUAGUUCUCAUCAGUUCUGUUGCUGGAUAUGUACCCUUUAAUCUGCUGGGCCCCUACUCUGUAAGUAAGACAUCGCUGCUGGGUCUGUCCAAGGCCAUGGCCCCUGAACUAGCUGCCGACAAUAUCCGGAUAAAUGUGGUGUGCCCGGGACUCAUCAAAACCAAAUUCAGCCAAGCCUUGUGGAAGAGUGAUGCGGCCCUUGAGAAGACACUUGAAGGGAUCCCCCUCAGACGAAUCGGUGACCCCGAAGAUUGCUCAGGGAUUGUGUCCUUCUUGGCAUCUGAUGACUCGAGUUACGUAACAGGCGAGUCCGUGCUUGUGACUGGAGGAAUGACAGCCAGACUGUGAUUACACUGUAUAAACAGAGAACUUCAUGAAAGAAGUGUAUGAUAAUCAGAUGAUUGAUAUAGGAUGAUUGAUUGAGGGAUGAGUCUUGGUGCAGCAGGAUGUGUUGAUAUCACAUCAUCAAAACAAUAUCUUAUUUAGUUUUGUCUUCAUUUUGUACUUUUGAUAACUUUAAGAAAAAAUGUUCAAAAUGAGCUUAGGUUUGAAACAUUUUUGGAAACAGUAAGACUGCUUUCUGUAGAUCUUGAUUUCCAAUGACAGUAACUCAAACCACAAUGUAAUAUACUUGUAUAAUUGUAAUAUCUAUGUAAUACUGGUUACUGUUACAUUUAUACAUCAUCAUCAUUAAGAAGAUAUUUAAUAAAACACAUGUACCAUUUACUAAUAUGUUA